AACAAAGCAUUGUUUUCAUAUGUUUUCCACACUUUGAGCACAAUUUGUGACACAAAUAAUCACUUCAUUUGUCACCGAAAAUGGCCUCAAAAGCAAAGCCGAAGACACAAUCAAACGAAGCAAUAAUCGCCGGCUUUAAUGAAUUACGAGCCGAACAAAGACAAGUGGCCAACAAAGUGGCCGAACUCGAGGCCGACCUCUCAGAACAUAAACUAGUGUUGGAAGCGUUGGCCGAGACUAACGGCGACCGCAAGUGUUUCCGAAUGAUUGGCGGCGUUCUUGUCGAGCGAACGGUCGCCGAAGUGUCGCCUUCGCUGCAGAAGAAUAAAGAGAUGAUUUCGCAAAUGAUUGAAACAUUGAAACAACAAAUCGUUACUAAAGGGCAACAAAUCACAGAAUAUAUGGACAAAAACCAGAUUCAGAUCCGCUCUCAACCGACGGCACAAUCGUUAGCCGCGUCUGAAUCGGGCGCCGGAGCCGAGGAUGUGGUCAGUUCGGUGAAUGCGGUCACUCUGGAGGCCGAGUUGGACCGCAAGACCACAACGAUCUUGAAGUUGACACUCGUUUUGGACAAGUUUUUGACACUCUUUGAAGACUAUCGGCGAUCUGUCCGUCGGUUCGUGUCUUCGUGUGAGUGCGCGGACACGACCUCUCACUCCAGACAACGCUGUCAUCGAUUGGACACAGAGUUCACGGCUAUUAUCGACGAAUACAAUCAAUACAAACACGUGAUCGCCGACGAAGAGGUUGACGACAAUGAUUGCGCGUCACCAAAAGCAGAUCCAUUGCGGUAUACGUGCGGUUACGGCGACUGUAACUUUCAGACUAGAUAUCAACGCAAUCUUAAGCGUCACGUACGCCGAGUCCACACCACUGAGUGCUACCGCUGUCGGCAACCCAUCGACGAGACAAUGAUUAGGUCUCAUCUCCAGAAGUGUGACAAACCGAUCAAUGUUGCGGUGCGAAAGUGUCCGAUCGAUGGCUGCGAUUACCAGUCCAUCAGCGGUGUGGACAUCAAACGCCAUAAGCUGUCGAUGCAUUCAAUCGGUUCCGAUCUUCAGUGCAAUAAGUGUUCGUUCAAAUGCACCACAUUUUACGCUUACAAUCAACACGUUUUUCGUUACCACAACACGAAGAAGAGGCGCAUACUUUACAAAUGCGAGAAAUGCCACAAAUGUUUUCAUCUAUUGCAUCGAUUGAACGCUCACGUGAUUCGCGCGCAUAGAUCCAAACCAUUGGAACCGCUGCGCGUUCGGGACAGACAUCGGUGCCACUAUCGCGACUGUGGCGCCAUUUUUGGGUGUCCGUCGAAACUGGCGAUACACGUCGGCGCCAAACACACCCCUCUUUUCGACGAUUGGUCUGAAUAUGUGUUCAAAUGCGAGAUCUGUGGCGAUGUGUUUAGGGACCAGCGUUUGGUUGGCCGCCAUUUGGACUCAGUUCACAAACUCAAUGGACGCAAGUAUUGGUUUAAGUGCGGAUCCGAUGGCUGCGGCUUUGAGAGCAUCUCUUUACGCGGUAUUAAUGACCACAAGAGAGACCUCAAACACGUCGGGCCCUAUGUUUUGUUUAAUAAAACGAAAGGCCAGUUGACGUGUGAAUCUGUAGCUGAAGUGUGUGGUAGUGUUAGCCCGCGUGCGGCCAACAGUACCCGCAGUCUUUUAAUGAAUUCAUUGCUUCAAAAUAACGACACGAAAGGCGUCGCAUCCAAUACAUCGGGAUCUGGGGCUCAGUUGAACCGCACGGAAAGCGCUAGAAAGAGGCCUCUGACCUACCGAUGCGAGUACUGCAUUGGUUCCAACGUAUUCGCCACAGACUCCAAGUCAUACUUCGAUACGCAUCACCGCAACUGUCACCCGAAGGCACUCGACUGUGACCUAUGUUUGGCCCGAUUCGCGACACUCGCCCAACGACUGGAGCAUCAGAUCUAUUGUACGGUUCCCAAUAUUUAUAUCUGCGACCAAAUGAACUGCUAUUUCGAGUGCACCGAUAGCGAGGCGUUUGACGAGCAUCGGCGCCAACACACAACACCACCUAUUGAUACGAUUAGCGCUCGUGUCGACGAUACUGUGGCCAAAGCGGACCCAAUUAGUGAUGUUAAUUGUGUGGCAAAAAGUGCUCAAAAGCCAAAUGAGAGCAACGGUUUAAAUGAAAGCGACGGAAGUCUUUCCGCCGAUAACUCUAGUAAUAAUGGUCACGACGUGCAGCAACUGCUUGCCCUCUUGCUAUCUCUGCCACAAACUGCUGAUCCACUUGAGACCAACUGUGAAAACAAUGAGAUUGCGGUUAAAAGUAAGCGCAAAACACCGCACACAAUAAGAGAUGAUAAUUUUGUGGACAGUACUCAUGAGAAGUCAAUUGCGAGCGACGGACGCAACGAAAGUGAUGGACGCGUUUUCAGUGAUAUUUCUCCCAUUAAUGAAGAGGAUAUACAACUGAAGAGUCUGUAUAUCCCCAUUGCUGUGCCACGAAGUACUCGUCUACCACUUGAGAUUAACUGUGAUACCAAUGAAAUUGCGGUUAAAACUGAACCAAUUAGUGGUGAUAAUUGUGUUGAAAUGAACGAAGAGAUGUCCAAUGAAUGUACGACAGGUUUGCACACAAUUUAUGAACACAUUUCCGUCGACUCUGUUAAACAAGAACUGCAAUCAAACGAGAAUCGACUCGAAUUCAAUUCUGUGGUCAAUGAAGUGGUGGAUAAUUCCAAUGAUAAUGGAUUUAUUUUUGGCGCAGAUCUAUUGUCCAAAAAUAGUGUUAUUAGACAUGAAAUGAUAGACACAAACAGUGGUCUAACCGAUGAUAAUAAUAAACACGAAACGAGUAUUAAAAGAAUGUUAGCGCACAUUACGGGGACUGGCGGUCGACCCAGAGGUCGGCCCAGAAUUCAUCCCAAAGUUGGUCCCAAAGUUCGCCCCAAAGAUGUGCCGAGAAAUCGAUGCCCGGACUGUAACCCCAGUCUCAGUACUUCAAUCUAUUAUCAUUGCAAAAAUCAUGCGCUGAAGACCUGUCCGCUCUGUGAUCUGCCGUUUAAGGGCCGCCACGCGUUGGUCGACCACUUGUCCGCAUGCAAAGCGCCGCAAGUGUUUAAAUGCAAUUCAAACAACUGUCAGUUCCAGUGCCACAACACCUAUGACUUCAAUGAACACAAACGGAUCCAUUUGACCGAAAAUAUUGAUAAAAUUAUUACCGAAUUUCAAGACGACAUACACCGGACGGAAGUGAAACGGGAACUGAACGCCAAUGACGACAACUACACCGACGUUGGUGUGAAUGUGAAUGAGUUCUUGGAAUUGAAUGAUGAGUUUAAUGUUGACCAAAGCAGUGGAUCCAGUAAUGAGAUAAUUGGCGGUACAAUUGCCGAGACUAUUGUCCCUGAUUUAGGGCACGAUUUAAGUACAAAUCAAACGACAAUUGGUUUAAAUCUCAAGACUGGCGAUGAUUUACUGACCCAAACGAGCGCCGAAAACACUGUUUCCGGGAAUAGUAUGUUUGCGAUGACAAGUAGACGAUUGGGAGGUCUGAACAGUCCUCGAGAGCCCAUCCGAAUGGCCACCGAUUCGACCAAAAAGAUCUCAGAGCUCUUCAAGAAAUACAAGAAAUAA